GAGAGAUCGCCGCUGAAGCUUUUGGUCCAUAUACUGUAUGUAUGCACGCGCCGCUCAAUUCGUGACUCCUUUGGGCGACCUCUUUGGAUGGACGCCGCUUGGCUGUCUUUGCAUGCAUGGCCUUCAACCCAACGGCGUGGACCAGGAAGCAGAAACAGCAGCAUCGAGGGGUUGGCGCGGCGUGGCAUGCACGGCUUUGCUGCGAGCUGCACGCUUGGAGACGCUAGCGUCGGAUUGCGAGUUCUUGCAUGAUCCACAUGCCUCCCGCCUGGACUUGAACAAUUUUGAUCGCCGUGCUGCCCACACGCAGCCAGGAUUGCGGCGGGCCUUGCUUCCAAAUAUUGCCGCGAAUGGAUCCACCGUUCAGCAUGCGCACACAUAUGCACCAGGCAUUGUCACAAUGCACACCCGCAAUGUGCCGCAAUGUGGUCAGACCGCUCGCGGUUGUGCUUCCGCGAGGAGAGACGUCAGCUCAAAUCGGCCGACUCAUCUCACAGUCUGUCGAAGCUUGCACGACCACUCCAACCCUAAUUUCUACACCCCUCACUUAGGAUUUGACCACCAGCACCACUGAUAGAGGUUCAGGUUCGACUCUCGAAGCCUUCACCGCAUCCACCACACUCGUUCUUUCGUCCGAAGUUUACAAACGGGCUUGUCUGGCUUCGUUCUCGCAUUCACUCUCGAGGCCUUGCCACAGUCGUCAGCGAGUCUGUAGUCUGCUCACGCCCAUCACAAUCGAUCGUCCUUAACUGCGCGCAUUCACUCAUUCAUACUGUUCAGUCUCCG